CGACUUCGCCGGAAAAGGUUUAGUGUCAAACCAGACUCACCAUUAGCUAACAUCAUAACUAAAGUCAGACAUUACCAUUUAACUGUAGCAAUACUUAUGCAAACAUGGCGUUUCCUUGCUUUAAACAUAAAACGUCUCAUAACUGACUUCGUUAUCUUUCAAGGUUUCUCACGUUAUGAUAUUGAACUCAUUUGGAAACAGUCAGGUAUAACAUUACCUUUUGAAGAAAUUUGGGAAGCAUAUAAGUCUCUCAUCUCUCCUCGUUCAUACCUUGAGAUUCAUAUCAUGACUAAUACCAUUAAAGUCAAAAAUAUUCCAUGGGAACGACCAACAUUGUUUUAA